AUGGCAUUUACCUCCACUGCCAUUGCAAUCCCCGCUGCAACCACCACGCCGACGUCAAAGGCAACUUCCUCGACCGCCACUCCAACCUCCACUGCAAUCACAAACUACGGAAGUUACAAGAGUUAUGGGAAUUAUGGAAAAUAUGGCAACUAUGGAACAUACAAGAGAGAUGCAAAGGCAGAGGCAGAGGAGGAGAUGAUCUGA